CUCCACCAGAGGCCUACACAAACCCAAGCAUCCACGCGCGCAUCAAUGCAUACAUGGAGGUGGGAAGGGCGCUCCACGGGGAGACUUGGGAUCCGGCCACCGCGCCACUCUCCGGAGAAGCCAUCAUGAGGGCGGGACAAGGGAAGAAGCACAGGCGGUACUUGAUCACCAACAGCUUGGUCGACACGGCGAGUACGCCUAGUCUCUCGCAGCUUAGGGCAAGUACCACCGACUCGACCCCGCCCAUACGCCCACGGCCUGAGACUUCAGUGUCCAGCGUGCACCAGAGACAGGCCGAGAUGGAGGCAAAGUUUGAGGAGGAGAGGAGGCGCCGAAUGGAGAUCGAGGCCAAGCUGGAGCAGGAGCGGAAGCUGAUGGAGGAGCAGUCGGUUAUGUUGCACAGCAUGGUCACCUAGAUGCAAG